CACCUCACUCGCAAGAACACAGCAGGCAGCAGCAGGUCGAUCAGCAGCCAGCACAGCGAAGCAGGCCACCUCCUGUUCCUUCUACGUACAACUCGAUCUCUAUCUACUUCACCCCUGCACACAAUGGCGACCACGGUGAUGUCCUCCAUGAGCUCUCUUGCCUUCGCCACCGGCGUGCGUGCCGGCCGCUUCCCCGCCCGGCUUCCGGCGGCCGGGCUCGCGCCGCGCCGUCGCGCCCUGGUCGUCAGGGCCCAGAGCGAGCCGGAAAAGAAUCCAGCGGAGGAGAAGCCGAAGGCAAAGGCGAGCCCCGGGCUCUGGGACGCGCUGGCGUUCAGCGGCCCUGCCCCCGAGCGGAUCAACGGGCGCCUCGCCAUGGUCGGCUUCGUGUCCGCGCUCGCCGUCGAGGCAUCGCGCGGGGACGGCCUCCUCUCUCAGGCCGGCAGCGGCUCCGGGCUGACGUGGUUCGCGUACACGGCCGUGGCGCUGUCCGUGGCGUCGCUGGUGCCGCUGCUUCAAGGGGAGAGCGCCGAGGGCAGGAGCGGCGGCUUCAUGACAGCCGACGCCGAGCUCUGGAACGGGCGCUUCGCCAUGCUCGGGCUCGUCGCGCUCGCCGUCACCGAGUACCUCACCGGCGCUCCGUUCAUCAAUGCGUAGAUUUGUCGUACAUGUGUACGUGUACGUUGCUUUUGGUAGGUUGUUGUAACUGUACACAGUAGCUUCCGUACGUACAUGUAGAGGAGGUAGUAUACAAAUUUUACUGUGUCCGUGCAAAAUCCGCAUGCGAAAAUUUUUGCGUGAAAUGUACAGGCAGACAUGUAAAGUUGAAAUGAACUCCUUUUAUGAGCAUGUAGCCAUCACAAAGCCCAUUCGGCAAGAACAUGAAGAAUAUAUCUUAUAAGGAGUGUGUUGACAUUUUCGAA